UACAAGAACUGAAAAAUAAUUUUUGGUUGCCAGUAUACCUGUAGUCGUUGCACUGAUCAGUCGAUAGUUUUGUGAUAAAUUAUUUCUCAAGUGAAUUAAAUUAUUAACCAUGGGACGUGAUUCUAGAAAGGUUUCAAGAGAACUUCGGAGUUCUGAAAAAAUUAAUAAGUCGCGUUCAGUCAAAAGAAAGAAUGUUUUUAAUCCGAAAACAGCCGAACGUGAUGAAAGUAUUCAGAGUACAUCUUCUAAAAAAUUAAAACAAAACACUGAAGAUGAUGUACCUGAAGACAGCAGUACUGAAUUUCGAAUAAUAAAUUUUAUUCAGGUAUUCACUGCAAUUUCUGCUCUUAUAAAAUGUAAAAAAUGUGAUGGAAAUGUAGUGUUUCAAACAGCAAGUACACGUGGGCUGGGAUUCAAAAUUGUAGUUGCAUGUAAUAACUGUGGAAAUGAAUAUAUUCCUUCCUGUUGAAAAUAUGAAAUCUGCUAUAAUGGCAACCUUUUAUCACUACGGCUCGAGUGAUGAAAAACCGAAUCAUGAUAUGUGUCCAAAAGGCGAAGAAUCUUGGUGCUCUUACCAGCGCGCUGAAGCAAGAGGAGAGCUUGAUACCUAUUCUCACGAUUAUUCUCCCUUACCUUCUGAUGUUUUAAAAGCUAUCAAGCCUAUAUACGAAGAUCUUAGUAAUGAAAAUUUACUUUCAAGAUGUGUAGGUGGAUUCAAUCAGAAUAAUAAUGAAAGCUUUAACCAACUAGUAUGGAAAAUAUGCCCAAAAACGGUAAAUACUAGUUUUACUAUCGUACAAAUAGCUGCAUACGUUGCUAUGUGUAUAUUUAAUGAGGGUAUAAAUUCAUUAUUAGUCUUGAUGAAUACACUAGGACUUAAUUGUGGGCCUAAUUCUCAUCGGUAUGCAGAAAGAAUGGAUGCUGCACGUAUCAAAGUAGCAGAUAAGCGCGCUAAUGAUAACGCCCGAGAAGGUCGAUUGCAACGUAGGCACCAGCAAAUCGAUAUUUUGGAAGCUGCUAUGACGGCUGAAGAGCUAUUAUAUGGUCCAGGAAUAGAUGACUCAGUAUGAAUCUCCAAGGACUUAUGAUGAUCACCGCAAAGGACUUCGGGAGGAACGGGCUCUACAAAAACAGCGAUAACUUUUUGAAUUAUUAAUUUUUUUUUUUGAAAUUUUCGUGAAGUCAAAUCGAAACGUGUUCUAAUAAAGCUAUGUUUUUAUUUUUGUCAAAUAAAGUAAUUAACUACAAAAAAAAAAUUAUUGAAAAUCAUCAUUUUUUCAGGCCUCUGAGUACC